AUGUCACUACACAACCGCUCCCUGUUGUGGACUGUAGCCUUGUUCACUGCGGUCAAUGCCAGAUAUGUUAUGUAUCUAACAGGGCAACACAAUCAUGUUCCCGAUCUCUCCCUCGUAAAGGACAUUACUCACGUUGCACUGGCCUUCAUACGAGCGGAUGUCUUCAAUCAAGACCGUCCCGAAGAAUGGCCACUGUUCACCAGCGUUGACGCCGUUCGGUCUCAAUUUGCACCCGGCACAGCUGUGAUGGUAGCUAUCGGAGGUUGGGGCGGCACUGAUGGCUUUUCGCAGGCCGCAGCAACAGCAUCCAACCGGAAGCGUUUCGCAGCAAAUGUUAAAGCAAUGGUGGAUUCUACAGGAGCUGAUGGCGUUGAUGUCGAUUGGGAAUACCCCGGCGGCAACGGAGAAGACUAUAAACUGGUCCCAAACGUCAACAAAUCCUGGGAGGUUGCCGCCUAUCCUAAACUCGUAGCUGAAGUACGUUCGGCUUUGGGUCCAUUACUCCUGAUGUCUGCUGCUGUCCCUGGCCUGCGCAGAGACAUGUUAGCUUUUACAGCUGAGACCAUCCCGCAGAUUGACCAUGCACUGGACUUUUGGAACGUAAUGACUUAUGACUUGAUGAACAGGAGGGACAAUAUGACUAAACAUCAGUCCGGGAUAAUUGAGUCGUUAGACGCCAUCGAUGCAUACGUCGACCAAGGCGUCCCUGCGGAAAAGGUGAACUUGGGCUUUCCUUUCUAUGUCAAAUGGUUCAUGACAGACCCCAACGGCAACUGCAACGCGAACCCUAUUGGCUGCCAGACAUUGCCAAUGGAAGAUCCCAGCACAGGAGUCGACUUGGGACGAGCAGGUGCAUUCUGCUGGGCCGAUGAAGUUCCUUCAGAAUUGGUCAACUCCUAUGUCAAAGCUAUGAGUCAAGGAAAUUAUGACAGUGAGAGAGGUGGCCAUUACUACUGGGAUCCAGAAGAUAAUAUCUUCUGGUCCUGGGACACUCCUCACUCCAUUGCUCGCAAAUUCCCAGCCAUCAUGCACACAAGAGGACUCGGUGGUGUUUUCGCCUGGGGUCUAGGUGAGGAUGCAAGCGACUGGACGCAUCUACGGACUCUAACUGUAGAAUAUCGAAGAUACAAACGCACCAAUAACAAGGAGCGAAAACACGGCAAAGAUGAACUCUGA